CCCCCCCUCCACUUUUGUACCUUUCUCGCCGGGACAGAGAAGCGGGCCGGGACCAGCCGGGCCAGACCAGACUGGAGCCCAGGGGCGAUGCGGCUGCUGCCCCUGCUGCGGACUGUCCUCUGGGCCGCGCUGCUCGGCUCGCGCCUGCGGGGGUGCUACAGCCUCCGCCACCCUGUCUACUGGAACUCCACUAACCCCAGGCUGCUUCGAGGGGAUGCUGUGGUGGAGCUGGGCCUCAACGAUUACCUAGACAUCUUUUGCCCACAUUAUGAAAGCCCAGGCCCCCCAGAGGGACCUGAAACCUUUGCUUUAUACAUGGUGGACUGGUCAGGCUAUGAGGCCUGCAAGGCAGAGGGGGCAAAUGCCUUCCAGCGAUGGAAGUGCUCGCUGCCUUUUGCCCCUUUUGGCCCUGUUCGAUUCUCAGAAAAGAUUCAGCGCUUCACACCCUUCUCCCUGGGCUUCGAGUUCUUGCCUGGAGAGACUUACUACUACAUCUCGGUGCCAACCCCGGAGAGUUCUGGCCAGUGCUUGAGACUCCAGGUGUCUGUCUGCUGCAAGGAAAGCAGGUCCGAGUCAGCCCAUCCUGUUGGGAGCCCUGGAGAAAGUGGCGCAUCUGGGUGGCGGGGAGAGCAUGCUCCCAGCCCCCUGUCUCUCUUGCUGCUGCUGCUGCUCCCCAUACUUCGUCUCCUUCGAGUUCUGUGAGCCAAGUACACCUUCCCUGUCACCCCAAGGAACCAGAGCCCUCCCCAGGCUCCUCUGUUGAAGGGAUUCCUGCCACCAUACUGGUGAUGUUACGCCAGGCAGACUCGAUGAAGCUUUGAUGUGGAAAGUCAGGAUCUGAGGUGAUCCUUGUAGGUGACUGUCCCUCACCACAGGCUGAAGAGGAACUGUGGGGGAACAGCAGACGGUCCAGGACGCCCUGGAGUAUAGCUGCUUUGAUGGUCUGUCUCCU